AUGCCUUCGAAUGUAAGGGUGGCUGUUAGAAUGAGGCCACUCCUCUCUAAUGAGAUAACGGCAGGACACAAGCAAUCGCUAGUUGAUGUGAAUCCGAUCACCAAUCAAAUCUCGUAGGAUAGUGAAGAUCCGUCUAAGAUGGUCAAGAAAACCUUUAAGUUUGACAAGAUAAUUGAUUCACAGUACUCUCAAGAGGAAGUUUUUGAGCAGCUUCAAAUAAAGCCAUUGAUUUCCAAAGUCAUAGAAGGUUUUCAUGCCACUAUUUUUGCAUAUGGACAGACUGGCUCUGGUAAGACAUUUACUAUGGAGGGGUAUAAGUAUGAGGAUGCCAAGACUAAUGAAAGAGCAGGCAAGCCAGUUAUAGCUGAAAAUUACAAUAAUGGUAUUACCAUUAGAGCUAUAAGAGAGGUUUUCAGAUAGGCAGAGGAGUAUAAGAAGGAGAAACAUAUCACAAUAUCUUGUUCAUUCCUUCAAAUAUACAAUGAAAAGGUGUUUGACUUGCUUAACGCAGGGUUGCUUAAGUCAGACAAGGCUAAGUAGAAUUAAGGACUAAAAAUUAGAUGGAACAAGAAUGAUCAGUUUUAAGUAGAAAACUUGUAUGUCUUUAGAUGUGACACCCCAGAGCAUGCUUUGGAACUUUAUAAUAAAGGCAUCAAGAAUAAGAUUGUAGCAUCACACAAUCUGAAUCAAGCUUCUUCCAGAUCACAUGCCAUUUUCACUCUAAGCAUAGACAUAGUUGAUAACGCCUAGGUCGAUAACAUUGUGUAAAGUAAACUGCAACUUGUAGAUUUGGCAGGUUCGGAGCGUCAAUCAGCAACAGGCACCUCUGGACUUGCUUAAAAGGAGUCUAUCGACAUUAAUAAAUCUCUAUUCACUUUGAGAAAGGUCAUAACUGGGUUGGCUGAGAGUUCUCGCAGCAAAAAGGGUGCUAAUAACUAGCAUAUUCCUUAUAGAGAUUCGAAGCUCACUUGCUUAUUGAAGUAAAGUAUAGGUGGUAACUCCUAUUGUCUAAUGAUAGCAUGCCUUUCUCCUUCGGAUCAUUACAUAGAGGAGAAUAUAUCAACUUUAAACUAUGCUACAAAAGCCAGUUACAUCUCGAACGAACCAAUUAAAAAUGAGGAUCCGAAGAUGAAGAUGAUCAAUGACUUGAAGCAGAAGGUCCUUAAUUUGCAGAGAGAACUGGCUUAAGCAAAUAAUCACAUAGAAUUCCUUAGUAAUUUAACUGGUCAACCAAUACCUUAGAAUAGUCAAAGCACUAAUGUUUCGACACUUAAUUAAAGCUACUAAGGUGAUUAAGUAGAUCAACCUAGCAUGAUACAGCAGUAACCGGUAUCUUAAGCUCAUUAGUCUGACAAUCUUAUUCAUCAGUAAAAAUAGCCAGUCAAGACAGAAGUUAUCACUAAAAUAGUAUAUCAAUAGCAACCUCAAUAAAACUCUUCUGGUGGCAGCUAAGAUAUGUUCAAUCGUUUGGAUCAAAACUAACUAAGUUAAAGAUUGAUAGAUAGCGUUGCUAUGGUCAAAGAACUUAUGCAAUCAAAUAAGACACUUAGAGAAACGAUGGACUAACUCAAUGAACAUAAUGAUAAAAACUCUAAUGAACUCUUCCACUUGCAGAUUGAAAAUAGAGAUCUUAGAGAUAGAAUUGAGAUCCUUGAGUCUGUAAUUGGUUCAUCAACAAAGCAAAGUGAAUUUGAUCAACUAGAUUGGCGUGAUUUGAUCAUGGAAGCUGAGGAGAAAAAAAAGCCAAUGACCUCAAUAAAGACGAGUAAUAUUGCUAUAAAUGAGAUGGCAACCGAAUUGAUUGCGACCAAGAAGCAGAACAGAUAGCUCUCUGAAGAGAUUGACCAAAUAAGAUAACAAUUAGAAGAAUCACAUCAAAACUAAAACAAGAUUAUCCAGUAAUAGUAAAUUCAAUAACAGGCUUUGUAUUAACAGUAACAACAGCAUCACUAUUAAUAGUAGUAAAUGUCGAACCAGUAAUAACUGAUGAAUAUUUAUGGAGCUUAAAAUAAUGAUACACCUUAGAAAAGAUCUUAAUCAAAUGGAUUUAAUAAACCAAGCGGUGGAGGAUAAGUUAAAUAACCUCAAACUAAAUAAGAAGCUUUGAAACUCCUAAAUGAAAUGAUGAAUAAGCGUGUGGCCCAGAAGAAGCAUUGA